AUGAAUGCUAGUGCCACAGAUGUGUUGCAUGGAUCAACCGUGACUUUCUCCUGCUUGAUAAACAGAACCAGGCUGAGCCAUGUAAGGGACACGGAUGAAAUAGCCAUUUUACAAAAUGGAUCAAAAGUAAACAAAAGUUAUGGCUAUUCAGUCAAUGCUCACGUUUUAAUGCACACCUUUGGAAAGCAGACUUUUGUAUGUAACUCUUCAGUACGAACUCCAGGGCUGCACGUAUGCGGAAUUUACAUCAUUGUUGGAAUUCCUCCAGAUCAGCCAAAAAAUGUGUCCUGCAUUCAGUAUGGGGAAAAUGGAACUAUUACUUGCACUUGGAAGAGAGGAAGUCACACAUACUUUAAUACACUCUAUGAGCUACAGCUAACAAAUGGAACCCCUCAUGAAACACAGUUUUUGAGAAUGAAUUCUACAAGUGGUUCAGUGGAUCUUGAAGCGAAAUUGGAUUUUGAGUCCACUUACACAGCUGUGGUUACUGCCUCAAACACUCUGGGAAAUGCUGUCUCCCUACCAUUUCGAUUCACAUUAUUUGACAUAGUGAAACCUCAUUCCCCGCUAGAUAUCUCUGUGAAAUGUGAUGACUUUAAUUCAACAAAUUGUACUAUUUUCUGGCAAGAUCAGCAAGACACUCAACUCUUCAGAAUAAGAUACAGACCAAUUAACAAUAAUACCUGGAUUCUGGUAACCCCUUUUAGAAUACAUAUUAUUUUACAUCUAUACUAUAAGCUUGAAAAUAUAACUGCUAGAAGAUAUGACCUACAAGGCCUGAAGCCAGACACAGAGUACAAGUUCCAGGUGUCUAGCAGGUUCUUUCUCAACAGGGGCUUGUGGAGCGACUGGAGCAAGUCAUUGCAAAGACAAGCAGCGCCAUUCAGGCCACUUGAUAUCCGGUAUUUAAAGAAGGAUAUAUUCUCCCAAAUGCAGAAUAUUAUUCUUUUUUGGAAGAUAAAAACUCAUUUAUUUGAAUACCACCUUUCUUCAACAAAGUGUGUUGUCCCAAAAGACAUCCCUGAAGCAGCGCCACAGCCAUUUUCCAUUAAAAAUGUGCAGGCUGGUGAUGCAUAUAUUUUAUGGAUGACAGCUUCCACGAAGGCUGGAGAGAGUCCUAAAGGGAAAGAAAGUCUUGCAUUUGCUGAUGUACCUGGCUGGGCUCCCCAUGCAGCCCUUUGGAUUAUAAGUUUUCCCAUCUUGGCCUGCUGUGCAAUGUAUGCUGGGCUAAAGUGGUACAAUAAAGCUGUCCCAGAUCCUGCCAAUUCUUCGUGGGCUAAAAAAUUCCUAUCUGUGGAGAAUGAGCUGAGUUUUUUCCCCAGUCAGUUCCUAAAUAAUCUAGACAACUUGGGAGAUCCUGCAAUUCUACAAAUAGAAGAAGUCUUGAUGAAAAGGCAGUCUCGUGGUUUUGAGGAUGUGCUGUUUUCAGAAAGAAUAGAGAAAAUGGAAAGCCACAAGUGGCCAUCUAAUAGUUUCCAAGAAGAAAAUCCCACCAUGAACAAGCUAAACCACCACCCUUUGAUUAGUGACACCCAAGAUCAGCAACCGUUACUCUUCUUAUACAAGAAAAUUGCAUCUGAAGAACCAAAUCAGGGGCAGAUAUUUUCUGAUUACCUUGUCAACCCACUUGAAGAUACAACUGUAGACUAUUUGCCUUCGCCCAUUCUGCCCUCCACUACGGACACAGUUGAAGAAAGCAAUGAAGCAGAAUUAAAUUCAUUUAAUAUUUUCCCAAGAACCUUUCUACCUCAGACAUUUUCUAUUGGUGGAAAACUUACUCUAGAUGCUAUAAGAAUGGAUUAUAAUACUUUCACAGAUUAAGCCAUUAUGAAUUCAUGGUACUCUGCUUAAAAUU